CAUUGACUUGUUUCUGGCAUUCUGCAGAUUACACUACAGCCAUGAAGAUGUUUGCAGUUAAGGUGGAAGAAGGGAGGGACGGCCAGCCCUCGGUUGGCCCCGUAUAUCGAAAUCUAAUAGCCCGGCAUGACUUUCCGCCUACUGAUCCUAAUUUAUCCACAGCUUGGGAAAUAUUCAGGGCCUCAGUUGAAAAAUAUCCAAGAAAUAGGAUGCUAGGGUGGCGUGAAUUUCUCAAUCACCAGUGGGGCCCUUAUGUCUGGAAAACAUAUGAAGAAGUUUACCAAGAAACUAUCUGCGCUGGUUCAGCGCUACGAGCAUGCGGAAUUCAACCUGGCGCCCGGGUAGGAAUCUACGGAUCAAAUUGUCCGCAGUGGAUUGUUGCAAUGGAGGCCUGCGGUUCCCAGAGUUUAAUUUGUGUACCUCUCUACGAUACGCUUGGACCAGGAGCUGUUGAUUUUAUAAUAGAUCAUGCAGAGAUUGAUUUUGUUUUCAUACAGGAUAAGAAAGUGAAAGAACUUUUGAGUUCUGAUUGCAAACAUGCUCGACAACUGAAGUUGAUAAUUUGCUUCACUUCAUUGACAGAGGAAGAGAAGAACAGAGCAGCCGCCAUUGGAGUGAAAUCAUAUUCUUGGAACGAUUUUCUUCAUAUGGGAAAAGAGAACCCCUCAGAGCUCUUGCCACCACAGCCAUUUAAUAUCUGUACAAUAAUGUACACUAGUGGAACCAGUGGAAGUCCAAAAGGUGUUAUAUUGACUCACGAAAACAUUUCAACAUGCAUCAGAGGAAUUGAUAUUUUCAUGGAACAAUUUGAAGAUAAGAUGACAGUGAAUGAUGUGUACAUAUCUUUCCUCCCUCUUGCUCACAUCCUUGACCGUAUGAUUGAGGAAUACUUUUUCCACAAGGGUGCUGCUGUUGGUUACUUUCAUGGGGAUAUCAGUGAGCUACAGGAUGAUUUAAUGGAGUUGAAGCCAACUUUUCUCGCAGGAGUACCUCGAGUUUUUGAAAGGGUGCGUGAAGGGGUUCUAAAAGCACUUGAAGAACUCAAUCCAGUGAGGAGGAAAAUUUUUGGCAUGCUUUACAACUACAAGCUUAAGUGGAUGAAACUAGGCUACAAACAGAAAGUUGCAUCUCCAAUAGCAGAUCUUCUGGCUUUUAGGAAGGUCAAGGCCAGGUUAGGUGGCAGGGUUCGCCUAAUAAUUUCUGGUGGUGCACCUCUAAGCAGUGAGGUGGAAGAAUUCUUGCGGGUUACCUCGUGUGCUUUUGUUUUGCAAGGCUAUGGGUUAACAGAGACCAGUGGAUUGGCCGCUGUUGGCUUUCCUGACGAAAUGUGCUUAAUCGGAACAGUUGGUUCUGCAUUCGUAUAUAAUGAAGUGCGUCUGGAGGAAGUUCCAGAAAUGGGCUACUAUCCAUUUGGAGAUCGUCCUCGUGGUGAGAUUUGUGUCAGAGGGAAGAUGGUUUUUGCGGGAUACCACAAGAACCCAGAAUUAACAAGAGAAACUAUAAAAGAUGGGUGGUUCCACACAGGUGACAUAGGGGAGAUGUCAGAAAAUGGUGUUAUAAGAAUUAUCGAUAGAAAGAAAAAUCUAAUUAAGCUAUCUCAGGGAGAAUAUGUUGCAGUUGAAUAUCUGGAAAAAGUUUAUUGUGUUUCGCCAACAAUUGAAGAUAUCUGGGUCUAUGGGGAUAGCUUCAAGUCAAUGCUGAUUGCUGUUGUUGUACCAAAUGAGGAGAACACGGUAAAAUGGGCACGGGAAAUUGGCUAUCGAGAUUCCUUUUCUGGAUUAUGUUCCCUUAACCAGCUGCAAGACUGUAUCCUUCAGGAGCUUAAGUCCACAGCACAGAGAAACAAGGUCAUUUUUCAUUUUCUGCAAACCUUGAAAAGUUAAACAAU